AUGGCGGAGGCCUCCUCACUGGACAGGCAGAGCCCUGGUGCGGCCUCCUGCCUGCCUCACAGUCUGUGCCCCGGGGAGCCCAGCUUGCAGACCACAGCAGUGGUGUCCAUGGGCUCUGCAGACCAUCAGUUCCACCUGGCGGAGAUCCUGUCACAGAACUACGGCGUCCGGGAGGAGCACGAGGGUGCAGCGCGGGGCCCAGAGAAGCCAGAGGAGGAGCUGGAGAAGGACUUCGUCUCCCAGAGCAGUGACAUGCCCCUUGACGAGCUGCUGGCCUUGUAUGGCUACGAGACCUCGGACCCCAUCUCGGAGCAGGAGAGUGAGGGCAGUGAUGCUGCAGCCCACCUGCCCGACAUGACCCUAGACAAGGACCAAAUAGCGAAGGAUUUGCUUUCAGGGGAAGAAGAAGAAGAAACACAGUCCUCAGCUGAUGACCUCACCCCAUCUGUGACCUCCCACGAGGCCUCUGACCUUUUCCCUAGUCAGAGUGGAUCCUGCUUCCUGGCUGAUGCGGACAAGGAGCCUGGCUCCUCCAGCUCAUCAGAUGCUGAGGAGGAUCCGCUUCCUGCCAACAAGUGUAAGAAGGAAAUCAUGGUUGGGCCUCAGUUCCAAGCUGACCUCAGCAACUUGCACUCGAACCGGCAUGGUGAGAAGAUCUACGAGAACGAAGACCAGCUGCUUUGGGACCCCAACAUCCUUCCCGAGAGGGAAGUGGAGGAGUUCCUAUACCGGGCGGUGAAGCGGAGGUGGCACGAGAUGGCCGGGUCUCAGCUUCCGGAGGGAGAGGCCGUGAAAGACAGCGAGCAGGCGCUGUAUGAGCUGGUGAAGUGCAAUUUCAAUGCGGAGGAGGCCCUGCGGAGGCUGCGGUUCAACGUGAAGGUGAUCCGAGACGGGUUGUGCGCCUGGAGUGAGGAGGAGCGCCGCAACUUCGAGCAUGGCUUCCGCGUGCAUGGCAAGAACUUCCACCUGAUCCAGGCCAACAAGGUGCGCACGCGGUCAGUGGGCGAGUGCGUGGAGUACUAUUACCUGUGGAAGAAGUCCGAGCGCUACGACUACUUCUCUCAGCAGACACGGCUAGGCCGCCGGAAGUAUGGCCCGUCAGGAAACACGGAUGCCGACCAGGACCUGGAGGGCAGUGACCCUGACGGCCCUGGCCGCCCCCGCUCCUCGCCACCCCUGCCCCUGCCUGCUGCUGCCCACGGCCCGGGUCCUGAGCAUGACCGCUUGGCCCGGAUGCACACGGAGCCCCUGAGCAUGGGCAGCAGCAUGUCCGGGAGUCUUGGCGAGCCUGGGGAGGCCACUGAUGUACCCCCAUCCUCGGAGCCAGGGCCUCGUUCGUUCCCGCCACUGGAUGAGCCCUCAGCCCUGCCCUUGCCUCGGCGGCCCCCAGCCCUGGCUGAGCCGGCCUUCUUCCCGCCUGCCACGGCCACUCCAGAGCCCGGUGCCAGCCCAAGGCUGGCCGUGGACUUGACCCUGCCUGAGGAGCUGCCGCUCGUCUCCAGCCAUGAGGACACUGAUGGAGAGCCUGAGGAGGCCGUGGGCCCUCCGCAAGUGGCCUUGUCAGUGGCCGAGUUUGGACUCAUCGGCAUCGGGGACGUGAACCCCUUCCUGGCCUCCCACCCGGCAUGCCCGGCCCCCGGGCUGCACUCGGAGCCCCUGUCACACUGUAACGUGAUGACCUGUUGA